GGAUUAUUUCCGGAUGAAGCUCCAGUGGCGCUCGCUGAGCCCGGGGCAGCUGCGCAGGAACAAAAUCCUCAGCGGCUACCGGGAGCGCAUGGAGCGGGACCUGGCUCGGGCCCCGCCCUGGGCGCCGCCGGCGCGGCUGCGGGAGCUGCUGCUCACCUUCUGCAUGUUCCACUUCGAUCUGGGGUACGUGGGGGGGAUGAGCGAGGUCCUGGCCCCCCUGGUCUCCGUCUGCCCCGACGAGGCCGAAGCGUUCUGGGCCUUCGUCGCCGUCAUGGAGCGCGUG